CUCUCUCUCUCUCUCUCUCUCUCUCAGUUUAUUUUUCUUAUAUAUAUAUAAUUGUAUAUCAUCAAUACAAAUACAUUGUGCGCUACAUUUUUUUGUACACAAUUAUACAUCAACUGGGUAGUUAAGGUCUCAAGUUGGUUAGCAAUGGCAGCAGAACCCAACAAUUCAGAAUUAGCUCAAAGCACCAGCAACUCAUCUCAAGGCUCACCAUCUUCAUCAUCUAGGUUGUUGCAAACUCAUCCCACUUCACCCUCAAACUCACUCAAGACCAAGACUAGAACACACAAAGCUUCCUCGCAGCAUCAGCAGCAACACCAAGUAGCACUCAAAAGAAAGAGAGACGAUGAUAGCAGCAGCAGCAGCAAACACCCAGUUUACCGAGGAGUUCGCAUGCGCAGUUGGGGCAAAUGGGUGUCAGAAAUUCGAGAACCUCGCAAGAAGUCACGCAUCUGGCUCGGUACAUUUUCAACUCCAGAGAUGGCGGCCCGUGCGCAUGACGUGGCUGCCCUCAGCAUUAAGGGCAACUCGGCCAUUCUGAAUUUCCCAGAACUGGCCGAGUUGUUGCCCCGACCGGCGUCCCUUAAGCCUCAGGACGUUCAGGCUGCCGCGACUAAAGCGGCAGCCAUGGUUCAUUUAACUUCCACGUCAUCAUCCUCAUCAUCCUCCUCCUCCUCUUCGUCUUCGUCAUUAUUGGUGUCACAGUCAGAGGGUCCAGAAUCAGAGGAGCUAGGGGAGAUUGUGGAGUUACCCAACAUAGAGGGCAGUUUCGACUCGCCCGAGUCGAGGAACGAGUUCAUAUUGGUGAAUGACUCGGAGGAUGGGUGGGUGUAUCCAUCAAUGGGGCUUGAGGGGGUUGAAUUUAAUUUGUGGGGUUUUUUCUCAUCGGAUAUUGGCAGCUGAGAAAACUUAAUUCCAAGCACAUCUGAAGGUUCUAGUAGUGUGGGGGUAUUCAAAUGACUUAAUUGGUGUGCAUAGUUUUUUUUUUUUUUUUUUUUUUUCAGUUUUCUUUUUCUUUUUUCAUCUUUAGAAGACUACUGGUGAUGGUCCUAUAUUAUUCAUUCUGCAAUUUGCUUGGCUACUGUUGCUAACUCAUCACAACUGUCACUGUAAUAUAAUUCACACAAUUUGA